ACCAUGCAAUAACCACAAUGUCUCUCUACUACGACGCCGUGUCGAUCCUCACGGCCCCUGCCACAGGCGGCUCUUUCAAAUCGCGCAUCUACAAUGCCCGCAACAUCAAGGCCUCACCCGCACAAGUGUACGCCUUGAUCAUCGAAGCUUCAAAAUGGGACAUUCUGCUCAAAGAAGUCAUUGAGGCAGCAGGGAUCCUUAAACUGGAACCAAAGUUAACCCCCCUCCUCUCCCUCCUCCUCGUGCACGACCACCUCCUCACGAAAUCCGGCCUCGCCGCAACCUCCACCCACCCCCUCCGUCUCGCCAUCGAGCGCCACAAAACCCGUCUACGCGGCGAAUUCACCAAAGCGCGCGUCCGCCGCGGCUGCGCCUCCAUCCCAGACCUCAAAGAUGCCAUCCAGAAGGAGAAACUCGCCCUACAAGGUCCCCUCGCAUCCAUCUACCCCCGCUGGGUCCGCGUCAACAACCUCCUCACCACAAUGUCCCACCAACUCACCACCACCUUCUCCGACUACGAAAAAGUCACCUCCCUAACAGACCUCACCAUCCCCGGCCGCAAAACCAUGCUCAUCGACCCCCACGUCCCCGACCUAAUCGCCGUAGCACCCGGAACGGAAUUCAUCUCCUCCCCGGCCUACAAAAACGGCGAAAUCAUCCUCCAAGACAAAGCCAGUUGCUUCCCCGCAUAUCUCCUCAUCGGCGACAACACCUGGACUGGCGGCGGUUUACUAGAUGGCUGCGCCGCACCAGGAAACAAAACAACCCACAUGGCAUCCUUGCUCGCCAAAACCAACACCAAAGGAAAACACCACAUCUACUCAAUGGACCAAUCCCAACUCCGUGCGAAGACCCUCCAGAAAAUGGUUUCCACCGCGGGCGCCAACAAAUCAGUCACCGUCCUCGCCGGACAAGAUUUCCUCGCCCUCGACCCAGAAGACCCCCGCUUCGAAGACGUAGAAGGCCUCCUCCUCGAUCCUAGUUGCUCAGGAAGUGGAAUCAUCGGCCGCGACGAUAUCCCCAAACUAGUCCUCCCUGAAUCCAACCCCACCACAGGUUCUUCUACCUCCUCCGGAGGAGCAAACAAAAAACGCAAACGCAGACCAGACGACGAAGGCACAAACGGCCGCGGAAAACCCACCACCAGCACAACCCAAACCAGCACCCCAUCCGCAACCGACGAAAACGACGUCUCCGUCUCAGGAACAGACACAGACCGACUCCUCAAACUAUCUAACUUGCAGACCCGGAUCGUGGAACACGCGCUGAGUUUCCCGGCCGCGACCCGCGUCACGUAUAGUACGUGCUCGAUCCAUCUGUUGGAGAACGAGGCGGUCGUGUCGCGGAUUCUGGCGUCUAAGGUGGCGAAGAGGAGAGGGUGGAGGGUUCUGAGGAGGGAUGAGCAGCCGGUUGGGAUGAGGAAGUGGAAACAUAGGGGGAUUAGGGUUGAUCGGGGGGUUGAGGGUGGGAAUGGAGCUGGAGAGGAUGGGAAUGGGGCUGGGGCUGGGGCUGGGGUGGAGGUGAGACUGUCUGAUGAGGAGUUGGAGGGUUGUUUGCGGUGUUGGCCCGGGGAUGAAGAGGGGACGGGGGGGGAUGAGGGUAAGGAAGAGGAAGAGGAAGAUGACAAGGAAGAAGAGGAUGACGAGUGGGAGGGAUUCUCAGAUUGA